AUGGCGCUCAACAAGCUCGCGCACUUGAGCUUAGUGAACAAGGUCACGACCGAGCUCGAGAACCACAUCGGGAUCGCGGACAAGACGCUGUCGGAGUUCGUGAUCGACCUCGCGUCGAAGCACGCGGACGACGCGCGCGGGUUCCAAGCCGCGCUCGAGGACGUCGGCGCGGAGCUGAGCUUCGAUCUCGUGACGAACUUGCUGAACAUCAUCCAGAGGAUGAAAGGCGGCGGGGCGAAGAAGCCCGCCGUCGCGGACGGCGGCGGCGGAAGCGGCGGCCACGCGCGACCGCUGCGACCGACGAAGGAGAAUCCCCUCCCCGGGCUCAGCGUCUUGGACGACGAAGAGCGCGCGAAGGCGCUCACGAGAGAGAUCUACGGCGACAACCCGAUCACGGCGAACAUGGCGGACGACCCGCGGUUCUUGUCGCGCGCGCGGGAAGACGACCGGGACCGAGGAAGGGACCGAGGACGCGGCGGCGGGCGAGACGACGACGACGACCGCGGGGGAGGGCGUCGACGCGAUCGCUCCCGCGACGGCGGCGGCGGACCUUCCUCCGCGGCGGCGCUGAAGCAAGGCGAGCCCGAGGUCGGGGCGAUAUACCGCGGCAGGGUCACGAACGUCAUGGACUUUGGGUGCUUCGUCGAGCUCACGGAGUUCGAACGAAGGUUCGAAGGGUUAGUGCACGUCUCGUUGAUGUCGUCCCUGAAGCAAAUCAACGCGCGCGAGCAGGUGAGCAAAGACCAGAGAGUGUGGGUCAAAGUCACGACGCGGUCGUCCACGCGCAUGGCGCUGUCCAUGCGCGACGUGAACCAGGACACCGGCGACGACCUCAUGGGCGUCCACGGGGACGCGUACGCGGUGAAUCCGAGCGCGUCGAACCGACCGCCGCCGGCGCCCGGCGCGAGCUUACGCGGCCUCUCUGGGAUCAACCUGACCGACGAGGAUCGACUCGCGGACACGCGGCGACGACCGGUGAAGCGCUUAUCCUCCCCGGAGCGGUGGGAAGCGAAGCAGCUGAUCGCGUCCGGGGUCCUCCCCGUGGAGGAGUACCCGACGUACGACGCGGAGAACGAUGGGCUGCUCGCGUACGAGGAGGAGGCGGAGCAGGAGGUGGAGAUCGAGAUCAACGAGGAGGAGGCGCCGUUCCUCGCGGGUCAGACCGCCGCGGAGGGGGACGUCAGCCCGAUUAAGAUCGUGAAGAACCCGGACGGGAGCUUACAGCGCGCGGCGAUGACGCAGAGCGCGCUCGCGAAGGAACGCAGAGAGCUCAAGGAGCAGCAGCAGCGGACGAUGCUGGAUUCCGUCCCGAAAGAUUUGAACCGGCCGUGGGAGGAUCCGAUGCCGGAGGCGGGAGAGAGGCACCUCGCGCAGGAGCUUCGCGGCGUCGGGCUCGCGGGGUAUGAGAUGCCGGAGUGGAAAGUCGAAGCGUUCGGGAAGGCGCCGACGUUUGGGCAGAAAUCCGCGCUCCCGAUGCAAGCGCAACGCGAGUCGCUUCCGAUUUUUAAGCUCCGCGACGAGCUCAUCCAGGCGGUGAACGAUAACCAAGUCUUAGUCGUCAUCGGCGAGACCGGGUCUGGUAAAACGACGCAGAUGACGCAGUACCUCGCGGAGAGCGGGUACACCUCGAGAGGGAGGAUCGGGUGCACGCAGCCGCGGCGAGUAGCGGCGAUGUCUGUCGCGAAACGCGUCGCGGAAGAGUUUGGCUGCCGCCUCGGCGAGGAGGUCGGAUACGCGAUUCGAUUCGAGGAUUGCACGUCACCGGAGACGGUGAUCAAGUACAUGACUGACGGUAUGCUUCUGAGAGAGACGCUCCUGGACGACAUGCUCUCGCAGUACUGCCUCAUCAUGCUCGACGAAGCGCACGAGCGGACGAUUCACACGGACGUUUUGUUUGGGCUGUUGAAGAAGUGCUGCGCGAAACGGAAAGACCUGAAGAUCAUCGUCACGUCCGCGACGCUCGACGCGGAGAAGUUCUCGUCGUACUUCUUCAACUGCCCCAUCUUCACGAUCCCCGGGCGGACGUUCCCGGUCGAGGUCCUGUACACGAAAGCGCCGGAGUCGGUACGUGUGGUUUCCCCCCUCGUCGUGACCUGA